AUGGCUGAUUCGAAUGAUACUCAUGCUCCGCCGGAGCCGGUGCUCGAAGUUCCACCACCGCAAGAGAUCCGUGUUCUGGAGUCGGCUGAAGACAUCCAAACUCGUCGUCAAGAAGUUCUCGGACACUACACUCUGUUCAAAGAUCACUCCAAGACCAAGAGAGAACGUCUCGAGGAAGCUCGGCAGUUUCAAUACUUCAAACGGUAAAUUUGCAACUCACUAAACCCUAAACGUUUCAAUAAAAUUUCAGAGACGCCGAUGAGCUGAAUGUUUGGAUUCUUGAAAAGCUCCAGACCGCCCAGGAAGAGAACUUCAGAGAUCCGAGCAAUCUCCAGGUGUGUAGGCCUCAUCCAGUUGCUCAUGUCGUUCUCCUUCCCAAUCCCGUUCAAUCUUCAAUAUAUUCGCAAAUCAUCCAUCAUUCACUAGUUCCUACGACAAGUCGUUUCGCUCCGAAAAUUGAAAAAUUUUGGUCCCUACUCUUUUUUUCGGUCAACUCGCUCGCUCGCAUUACUUCCCCUUCGUUUAUUUUCCCUUGAGGCUGGUUUUGGGGCUGGGGCCCUUUCUUCUCUGUCGUCUGUCUUAUUUGGGCAAACGCGGGCGCGGCUAGAGGCAUAGCACAAAAGUAUUGAUUCGAGUGGGCUCAGUGGUCCCUUGCUCACGUCCUUCUCGUAUCUCUCUCGGCCGUUUCGAAGCCAUCUGCGACCCCGGGAAGACGCCGCUCACUUGAAGAUUAGGGACGAGACUGAGUGCGCAUUUAUGUAUAAACAAUUGUUUUCUCAUCGAGAGCUCGCGUGUGUUUCUAGAGAAGAAACAUGAAAAGCCCAAAUUGGAUUUGUUUUUUGGAUGGGAUAGAUUCGAGCGCACUCUUGUUAUGCACCAUUUUCAGAAAGACAUGGCAUUUUAGCAGGAUUCGUGAGCGUUUGUGACACAAAAGGGACACGCCACAUGAUUCAUAACGUCUCAAAGGGCCUGUCACUCCUCGUGCGAAUGUUUCGUAAAGUGAAAGGACUCUAAAGCCUGAAAUGCGAUACUUGGGUGUCAUCUGCCCUCCGUUUCUCAAACAUAGUGUGUGACCUCCGGAGGUCUCCGUCUUCAAUUAAUCCACGCCGACUUUUUUAUCGAGCGGUCAUCAAAAAGACGCGCUGGGGAAUUUACAUAUAGUAACGGGAGGGACGCAUAUAAUGAAUAAGACGCAGUUUAGAUGGCCUUGACACUGCCUAAUCGGAACUAUUGUGACCCGACCGUUCGUGUUGCGCAAGGUUCAGUAGGUUACUGGAUUGAUAAAGUAGUACCGGUGACUCCAUAGAUAAGGCGAUUAUUUUUUGUAACUGGGACACGACUUAUGAUGAAUGAUGAUGGUGAUGAUGAUGUGCGAACUGGUUUUGGAAGGGAAGUGUACACAAUAAAAUAGAAAAAGAGCAAAUCGCAUUAGAGGGACAAAACAUUUCAUUUUUCCAUUAAUUUCCUUUUUUUUGCAGGCGAAGAUCCAGAAGCAUGAAGCGUUCGAAGCCGAGGUUCAAGCGCACGCCAAGACCAUCGCCAACCUCGAUAAGACCGGAAAUGCCAUGAUUCAACACAAUCAUUUCGCUAGCGAUAUUAUCCGGGUACAUAAACAGCCAAUAAAUUUGGAAAUAUUUAAUUGAUAUAAUUUCAGAAGCGUCUCGAGGAACUCCAUGCCCUUUGGGACAAGCUGUUCUUCAAACUGAAGGAUAAGGGAAUUAAGCUGCAACAAGCUCUUAAACUUCUGCAUUUUAUCCGUCAAUGUGAUGAAGUUCUCUACUGGAUUCGGGAGAAAGAAACCUAUGUCACCGCAGAAGACAUGGGAAUGGACCUCGAGCACGUUGAGAUUCUUCAACGGAAAUUUGAUGACUUUUUGAAAGAACUCGGAAACCACCAAUACCGCAUCAACGAGAUCAACCAAGCUGCCGACAAGCUCGUUGAGGAGGGACACUCCGAGCACGACCAGAUCUACAAGAAGCGCGACGACGUCAACGAUGCCUGGCACCGCUUGAACACCCUUGCCGCCACCCGCAAAGAAGGACUGUUCGGAGCCCACCAAGUGCAACGCUUCAACCGUGAUGCCGAUGAAACUCUGGCUUGGAUUGGAGAGAAGGACUUGGCUUUAUCCAGCGAUGACUAUGGAAGAGACCUGAACAACGUGCAGGCUCUCCAACGCAAGCACGAAGGAACUGAACGUGACUUGGCUGCUCUUGAAGGAAAGAUGCUCCAAUUGGACAAGGAAGCUGCUAAGUUGGCCGAGACUCAUCCGGAUCGUGCUGAUGCUAUCCACCAGAAGAAUGACGACACCAAGGCCGCGUGGAAUGCUCUUAAGGAGAAGGCCCAACGUCGCAAGGACGGACUCGAGAGAUCCUUCCAACUUCAUCGGUUCUUGGCUGAUUACCGUGAUCUCAUCAGCUGGAUCGGGGACAUGAAGGCUGUCAUCGGAGCCGACGAGCUCGCCAAGGAUGUUGCUGGAGCUGAGGCUCUCCUCGAAAGCCACCAGGAGCACAAAGGAGAAAUCGAUGCUCGUGAGGACUCGUUCAACCAAACUGCCUCUGCUGGACAGAAACUCGUCGAAAUGGGUAUCCCGGAGAGCCCGGAAGUCCGCGACAAGCUCGAGAAGCUUGCUCAGGAGAAGGCUACUCUUCUCGGAUUGUGGGAGGAACGCCGCAUUCUCUACGAGCAGUGCAUGGACCUCCAACUCUUCUACCGUGACACCGAGCAGGCCGAGACCUGGAUGAACAAGCAGGAGGCUUUCCUGGCCAACACCGACCUGGGAGACUCCCUUGACUCUGUCGAGCACCUCAUCAAGAAGCACGAGGAUUUUGAGAAGUCUCUUGCUGCUCAAGAGGAGAAGAUCAACGCUCUCGACGAGUUCGCCACCAAGCUGAUCCAGGGACAGCACUACGCUGCCGAUGAUGUCGCCAAGAGACGUCAGGCUCUUCUUGACCGCCGCCGCCGUCUUCUCGACAGAGCCCGUCAACGCGGAAACUCGCUCAAGGAGAGUUACAAGCGCCAGACCUUUGACCGUGAUUGUGACGAGAUGGUCAGCUGGAUCACCGAGAAGCUGUCGACUGCCCGCGAUGACUCCUAUUUGGACCCCACCAACAUCCGUGGCAAGCUCCAGAAGCACAUUAACUUCGAGCAGGAGCUCAAGGCGAACGAGAACCGUCUUGAUGACAUUCGCUCGACCGGAGAGCAAAUCAUCGACAGUGGACACUUUGCCUCAAGCCACAUUGGAGACCGUCUCCGUCAAGUGAACAAUUUGUGGAACGACUUGGUUGAUGCCACCAACAAGAAGGGAGCUAAGCUUCGUGAGGCUGGAAAUGAGCAACAGUUCAACCGUAACAUCGAGGACGUUGAGUUGUGGCUGAGCGAACUCGAAGGACAAGUUGCCUCGGAAGAUUACGGAAAAGACCUUGUGUCUGUCCAGAAUCUCCAGAAGAAGAUUGGUCUUCUCGAGUCUGACUUCAACGCUCACAAUGAUCGUGUCGACGGAAUCAAGAACCUCGCCAAGCAAUUCGAUGCUGAGGAUCACUUUAACGCUCCGGUCAUCGUUCGCAAGCAGGAGGCUCUCCAACAACGCUACAACGCUCUCCGCGACCCACUCGAGAAGAGAAAGAGAAAGCUCGGCGAAUCUCUCCAAGGAAAUCAACUGUUCCGUGACAUCGAAGACGAGUUGGCUUGGAUUCGUGAGAAGGAGCAGGUUGCCGGCUCGACCAACAGAGGUCGUGACCUGAUCGGAGUUCAAAACCUCAUCAAGAAGCAGCAGGCUCUGAUUGCUGAGAUCGCCAAUCACGAUAGCCAGAUCGAGAGCGUGAGCAGCGCCGCCAACGACAUGAUCCAGCAGGGGCACUUCUUGGCUCCGGAGAUCCGCGACAAACUCGCUCAACUUCGUGACAACUGGAGAAUCCUCAAGAGCAAGGCCGAGAAGAGACGCGGAGAACUGGAUGAUUCUCUCCAGGCUCACCAAUACUUGUCCGAUGCCAAUGAGGCUGAUGCUUGGAUGAACGAGAAGGAGCCGAUCGUCGGAUCGACUGACUACGGAAAGGACGAGGACUCUGCCGAGGCUCUGCUAAAGAAGCACCGUGCUCUUCUCUCCGACCUGGAGGCGUUCAAAGGAACCAUUGAGGACUUGCGCAAACAGGCUUCUCAGUGCAAGUACCAAGAGCAGCCAAUGGGACAGCUCGGACGUGACUGUGUUCUGGCUCUCUACGACUACCAGGAGAAGUCUCCACGUGAGGUUUCCAUGAAGAAGGGAGAUGUUCUCACUCUUCUCAAUGCUUCCAACAAAGACUGGUGGAAGGUCGAGGUCAACGAUCGCCAGGGUUUCGUCCCAGCCGCUUACGUCAAGAGAAUCGAGCCGGGAACUGCCCAACAACACGCACAGCAACAGGUAACAACUAAAGCAAAAUGGCAGGCAAAACAACGUUUGUUUCAGGUUAACUCGAUCGGAGGAAAGCAAUCUGAGAUCGAGGACAAGUACCAGCGUCUGAUGAUGCUCGGAGAGACGAGAAAGAGGAAGCUCGAGGAGGCCUGCAAGGGAUACCAACUGCUUCGCGAGGCCAACGACCUGGCUGAAUGGAUUAAGAGCCGCGUAAGUCCGGGCAAAUAUACUAACACCAGCUAACCAAUAAAAAUUUUAGACUAACAUGGCUGAAGUAAGUUUGACAAUGGGAAAUAUUGAGAAUGAAAUGCUCUUUUGUAUUCCUCAUUUCUCUUGAUAUUUUUUGAUAUUUAUUUGGAAAACGUGGUGUGUAAAAUCAUGGUGGCUCUUCUUUGUGAAUUUUCAAAUAUCGAUCAUGCAGCUUUGUCAAUUUUUUAUAUACUCGGCAGUCUUGGUCAGAAGUUGCGCAAACUUUACGCAAUUUCUACUAGAACUUUUCGCAAAAAUUGAUUUAAGGUUUGCGCUAAAAUUGUCUGGGUCCUUAAAGUUUGCGCAAAUUCUGUAAAACGUUAUGCAAUUUUAGCGCAGACUUUGAGGGUCCCGCAUAAUUUUAGCGCAAACUUUAAGCAAUGUUCUGACCAAGAAUGCCGAGUAUAUCCCUAAUUUGUGGUCAAACUUUUUGACUUGUGUAUCAUGAAGCUUUGUGGACUUGGCGCAAUGUGCUAUGCGGAAUGUGUUUUAUUGAUUUUUUUAGGAAGCUGUUGCUGCUCAACAAGAAAUCGGAACCGACCUCGAGCAGGUGGAGGUCCUCCAGAAGAAGUUCGAUGACUUCAAAGGAGACCUCAAGGCCAACGAGGUUCGUCUCCAAGAGAUGAACCAAAUUGCCACUGCCCUCACUUCGGUCGGACAAACUGAGACCGCCGUUCGCAUCCGCCAACAAAUUGAGGACCUCAACGCUAGGUAACCCUUGUCUCGCCCGAUAUUCAAAUCUCAAAUUUUUAUUCCAGAUGGCGUGCUUUGGAAGAACAGACUGAGCAGCGUGAGCAACAGCUCGGAUCUGCCCACGAAGUCCAACGCUUCCAUCGUGAUGUCGAUGAGACCCGUGACUGGAUCCAGGAGAAAGACGACGCUCUUGACAGCGAGGACUUCGGACGUGACCUCCGUUCCGUUCAGGCUCUCCAGCGUAAGCACGAGGGAGUUGAGCGUGACUUGGCCGCUCUUGGAGACAAGAUCAAGUCUCUCGACGAGAAGGCCAACCGUCUCCGUCAGUCUCACCCGGAAGCUGCCGAGCAGAUCUACGACUUGCAACGCGAGCUCAACGAUCAAUGGAAUCGUCUCACUUCGAAAGCCAACAACCGCAAGGAGAAGCUUCUGGACUCGUACGACUACCAACGUUUCUUGUCCGAUUACCGUGACUUGAUGCAAUGGAUCGCAUCAAUGAACCAACUCGUCAGCAGCCAGGAACUCGCGAAUGAUGUGACUGGAGCUGAGGCUCUUCUCGAGCGUCACCAGGAGUACCGCACUGAGAUCGACUCGCGUGCUGCCACUUUCCAGGCUUUCGAUCAAUUCGGAAAUCAACUUCUCAACAGCCAUCACUACGCCGCUCCAGACAUUGAGAAGCGUCUCUUGGGAGUCAACGAUGCCCGCAAAGGACUCGAGGACGCCUGGGUUGCUCGUCGCAACAUCCUCGAUCAAUGUCUUGAGCUCCAACUCUUCUACCGUGAUUGUGAACAAGCCGAUACCUGGAUGUCUGCUCGUGAAGCCUUCUUGGCUCAAGAGGAUCCAUCUGGAGACAACGUUGAGUCGUUGAUCAAGAAGCAUGAGGACUUCGACAAGGCCAUCAACACCCAAGAGGAGAAGAUCAAGGGACUCAAGCUGUUCGCCGAGUCGCUUAUCAAGAACAACCACUACGAUGCUCCGGCUGUCGCUCGCAAGAGAGACCAGAUUCUCGAUAGAUGGAACGGACUCAAGGAUGCUCUCAUCCAGAAGAGGUCCAAGUUGGGAGAGUCUCAGACUCUUCAACAGUUUAGCCGUGACGCCGAUGAGAUCGAGAACUGGAUGACCGAGAAGUUCCAGAUUGCUCAGGAGGAGAACUACCGCGAUCCAACCAACAUCCAGCAAAAGCACCAAAAGCAACAAGCCUUCGAAGCCGAGCUUCACGCCAACUCGGACAGAAUCGCCGCCAUUAUCCAGGCUGGAAACAACCUCAUCGAGAACGCCAAGUGUGGAGGAGGUGAGGCUGCUGUCAGCGCUCGUCUCAAGGCCCUCAACGACCAAUGGGAUCUGCUUGUUAAAACCACCACUGAGAAGAGUUACCGUCUCAAAGAGGCCAACAAGCAGAAAAGCUUCAUGGCUGCUGUCAAGGAUCUCGAGUUCUGGUUGGGAGAGGUUGAGAUUCUCCUCCAAUCUGAUGACUAUGGAAAGGACUUGGCUUCGGUAGAGAACCUUCUCAAAAAACAUUCUCUCCUCGAGGCUGACAUCAUUGCCCACCAGGACCGUGUCGGAGAGAUGAACGAGCAGGCUGAUUCGCUCCUUGAGAACGACCAAUUCCAAGGACAGCAGAUCGCCGAGAGAAGAAAGCUGAUCGCCGACCGCUACGAUGGAGUCAAGAAGAUGGCUGCUGAUCGUCGUGACAAACUGAGCAAGGCCCUUAAUGUUCAUCAAUUCUUCCGUGACAUUGAUGACGAGGAGUCUUGGAUCAAGGAGAAGAAGCUUCUUGUGUCUUCUGACGAUUACGGACGUGACCUUCCAGGAGUCCAGAACCUCCGUCGCAAGCAUCGUCGCAUUGACACUGAGCUCGCAUCGCAUGAGCCGCAAGUCUCCCUUGUCAAACUGAAGGGAGAGGAACUCCUGAGAUCGGCUGCUGAGGCCGGAGUUGGAGAGGACCAGAUCAAGAAGCGCAUGGAAGAUUUGGAGAGCAGCUGGGGACAGAUUCGUGAUCUUACCGGAAGCCGUCACAAGCGCCUUGAUGAGUCGGAAGCCUUCCAAGCUUUCUUGGGAGACGUCGAGGAGGAAGAGGCCUGGAUGAACGAGAAGCAGCAAAUCCUGGGAUCCGACAACUUCGGAGACAACAUGGCUGGAGUCCAAGGACUUCUCAAGAAGCACGACACUUUCCAAGUCGACCUCGAGCUCCACAAGCAACGCGUUGCCGACCUCAUCAGCAAGGGAGACGCCCUCAUCCACAACGGAAACCAUCAUGCUCCGCACAUCAAGCAGAGAUGCGACCAGCUCCGUGCUCGUCUCGUUGAGAUUGAGAGCAUGGCCGAGAAACGUCUUGCCAAGCUUCGUGACAACUCGGCUUACCUUCAGUUCAUGUGGAAGUGCGACGUCGUCGAGUCAUGGAUUGCCGAGAAGGAGCAACAAGUUCGCUCUGAGGACUUUGGGAGAGACCUCUCUUCCGUCCAGAUCCUUCUCACCAAGCAAGAGGCUUUCGAUGCCGGACUCAACGCUUUCGAGCAUGAGGGAAUCCAAAGGUAUAUACAACUAUUCCAGAUUUCAGAGUAGUCAACUGCAAAUUUCAGAAUCACCGAGCUCAAGGAUCAAUUGGUGUCGAGUGCCCACCUGCAAUCGCCGGCUAUUGAGAAGCGCCACACCAACGUCAUCCAGCGCUGGCAGAACUUGCUCGCCCAUUCCGAGGCCCGUCGUCAGAAGUUGCUGAAAAUGCAGCAACAGUUCAAGCAGAUCGAGGAGCUGUACCUCGCUUUCGCCAAGAAGGCCUCUACGUUCAACUCAUGGUUUGAGAACGCUGAGGAGGACUUGACGGACCCGGUUCGAUGCAACUCUUUGGAAGAGAUCCGUGCUCUGCGCGACGCCCAUGCUGAGUUCCAGCGCUCAUUGUCCUCCGCUGAAGAGGACUUCCGCCAACUCCAAGAUCUUGAUCGUCGGAUCAAGUCGUUCAAUGUGGGACCCAACCCAUACACAUGGUUCACCAUGGAUGCCCUCGAAGACACGUGGCGCAACCUGCAGAGAAUCAUCAAGGAGCGCGAGCAGGAGCUUGCUAAAGAGCAUCAAAGACAGGAGGAGAACGACAAAUUGCGACGCGAGUUUGCCAAGUUGGCGAAUGCUUUCCACACUUGGUUGACAAACACCCGCCAAGAGGUUGGUUAUUUGAAUCGGAUUCAUGCAUUCAGAGUUUCAUUGUUUGUUUUCAGAUGAUGGAAGCUGGAGGAACCCUCGAGGAGCAAUUGGACGCUGUGAAACGGAAGGCCAGCGAAAUCAGAGCCAACAAAACGCAGUUGCGGCAAAUUGAAGAGAAGGGAGCUAUGUUGGAGCGAAACCUUAUCUUGGACAAUAGGUAAACAGAGCAAAGACAAAAGACUUUUCCAAGUUCAAAUAUUUUACAGGUACACUGAACACUCGACUGUUGGCAUAGCACAAGCAUGGGACCAAUUAGAUCAGUUGGCGAUGCGAAUGCAGCACAACCUGGAACAACAGAUACAGGCUAGAAACCAGUCAGGAGUGACGGAAGAGGCAUUGAGAGAAUUCUCGAUGAUGUUCAAACACUUCGACAAGGAGAAGACCGGAAGACUCGACCACCAGCAAUUUAAGAGCUGUCUGCGGGCUCUUGGAUACGAUCUGCCGAUGGUGGACGAGGGACAGCCGGAGCCAGAAUUCCAGAGAAUCCUCGAUAUUGUCGACCCAAACAGGUAUGCACUUCCGGUAGCGAAAAGCAGCAUUCCAAAUCGAUUAUUUUUCAGAGAUGGCUAUGUGACCCUGCAAGAGUACAUGGCGUUUAUGAUCAGCAAGGAAACCGAGAACAUCCAGUCGUCGGAAGAGAUCGAGACGGCGUUCAGAGCCCUUUCGAAGGAAUUCCGGCCAUAUGUCACCGCCGAGGAGCUCUACGCGGUGAGAAACAAAGAUAGGAAAUGCAUUUCUGAAAUCUAUAUUUUCCAGAACUUGACGCCAGAGCAGGCUGAAUUCUGCAUAAAGCGAAUGAAGCCGUUCACGGACGCCAACUCGGGCCGUACCAUUCAGGGAGGCCUCGACUACGAGCAAUUCGUCCACGCGCUGUUCCAGAGUUAA